UAGAGUGACAAGCUCAAGUGACAGUAUUAUUAACAGUAAUUCAUCAGAAAAUUGGCGCGUUGGAUUCUGUCAACAUAGCUAAUAAAGUGUCCAUACCGAGUGGCGUUAUAAUGCACGUGUAAUUGCAAUACAAUAGUGAUUUUUCGUUUGCAGACAUGGCUUUGAGCGUUGCUCUACCUUUAGCGGGGCUGGAGACAGAGAGUUUUAACUCAUUCAGCUCCUUCGGGCAUAUCAUAGAUAUAGCGGGGCUUUCGCAGUCGCAGACGAGCCCGAGUCCGUCUGUCUCCAGUGAGUCUAGCGGUAUCGGGUCUCUGGGAUCGCUUAAGUCGGAGUCGGUGAACAAUGACUCCCUCCCGUCAAGUCCUCAAACAACAGAGAAGAAAGUCUUUGAGGAUGUUGUGCAGCCUCAACCACGUCCAAAGGAAAAGACAUUCGACGAUAUAAAGAUUACUUACGGAGGACGCGACAUCCUCAACUUAAUGGCUAAUCUCACUGAUCCUCGAUGGAACUACCGCGCUACGGUGCUGCCCCCGAACAACCCGGCGCUGUUCUUUGCUAAUCGCUCCCAAUAUCACCGGCUGGGGCCGUAUGGAACUCGCACACAGUACGUAAAGGACACUUGCCGCCUCUGCGGCUUCGCAUGGGUUGUUGCUGCCACUGAGUGACGAGACAAUGUGUCAGCAUAAACUCAGAACAAACAAAUAUUGAAAGGGUAUGACUGGGACACAUCAGGGUGCAUAUUGAGUGCUCUUACUUCAACUGUCACCUGGUGGUAGGAUCACACAACUGUCAUUAUUUGAAAACAUGCCAGUGAUUUUAGGUCACACUUUUGUUAUAAAGACCUGUCAUUUUCUGUGAAAAUCUCAGGGACUAGGUAUAGUUGAACAAUUUUUACUUGCUUUAGCGUUUAUUAUUCUCAUAUCAAUUUAUGUUUUUGAAUUCUCAUUCAGGAAGUAUUUUAUCUUUAACAAAUCAAGAAUGGUGUUUAUGUGGCCAUUUGAAUUUAAUGAAUUUAUUAUGAGCAAAUUAAUGAACUUCCUUCUUAGAUCUCAAACCACUGGCUGUGUGACAUAUUCCGAUAUGUAGUGUUUUUUAAUGCUCCUUGGUGUGGCCCUAUCUUACGGAUGACUGUGGAAUAUGCAUGAAGCUAUCGUCUCGCGCAUUCGUAGAGUUACAUUUUAAUCGUGACUUAAUACUGUGAUCUUAAUUUAAACAAAGCAAUUGUUGACAAAUUCUGUGAAUGUAAUAUGUGACGAUGCAUUGCUUUGAUUUUAUGUUAUUAACUUAUUUUGUGUGAUAACGUUAGGGUUAAUUAUUACGUACUUGCAAUGCCAUACAAAGCAGAAUAUUCCAAAUCAGCAUUUGAAGCUCCUAUAUUAAAUUGAUAGGAACCAAAAAUCCCAUUACAAUGCCAUUUCAUGAUUAGGCAACCAAUAGAAACCAUAAAUACAUAGUAAUUUAUUGCACUGUUCUUAGUUCCUCUUAGAAAUGUUAACUUGUUAUCCAAAGAAUCUUAUUCGUUUAAUGUGCAUAUAAUGAACAUAAUUUGUUAAUCAAGCAAUUUAUACUAAUUAGGAUAAAAUACUAUUGGUUGAACCAUUUCAGCCGUCAGAAUUUUUAAAAGGAAACCAUUUUUAUAAAAUAUGGACAUAUAUCUUAAUAUGUUAAUACUACCCACCAUUACUUUGUAAUACUUAAUAUUUAAAUAUUGUUUUGUAAUAUUCUUUAGUCUGUAGCAAUAAUUUAGACAACUAUAUUCCACAGUCAUUUACCAAAAGGAUCGUCAUUGUUUAAACCAAAAGGCUGCUUCUCGGAUGUUAUUUAAAUUUACGGUUUUGACGAGAUAGGCACGAAUUUAAAGCCAAGCUGUGUAGGUUAAUUUUAAGGUCUAAUUAUGAUAAUUGUUGGAUGUACCGUCCGAGCAUUACAUAAUAAUAGUGAUGACAUAAAAUAUGAACUAGAGGAUACAAUCUUGACAUGUUGCCCAAAAAUGUAACUCCUAUCCGAUUAUAAACCAUGAACAACUCAUUAAAUAAAUAUACAAACCCAUACAAAACAUAGUCAUAAUGGGUUAUCAGUGCAUAUCAUCACAAAUUAAUGCAGUGAUUAGAUAUUCUAAGGUAUUAGUAGUUGUUACAGACCGUUUUAAAACGUUUGAGUCAUUGAUAUGCCCAGAUACUGGGUUCUAGUGAAAUUAUAGUAAGUGUCGUUAACAGACUGGCAAUAUCUGUGUGUGCAUACAUAAAGUGUAAUUCGUGGUCUCUUAAUUUAGUCAAAAUAUUUAAUAGUGUGAGUCUCUUCAACUACAUGUAAGUAACAUAUAAACACUAACUUUAGAAAAUUGAUACUGUCCUUUAGUGCAACUUUAGUUCUGCUAUGUUGUGAUCAGCUUUAAAUUCUAACUGGAGUAUUUGUAUACAAUAAUGUUAAACAUAUUUCCCACAAACUUAUUUUUUAUAAAAAAAUGUUGAUAUGAGACAAUACAGAAGGUAGUUUUCCAAAUUUUAUUCAUAUCGGAAACUUCAAAAUGUUUGGCAAUUUUUUGGAAGGGACCAACACCCAUCCGUUUAUUUCUCGCAUAUUCUUUGUCAAUAGCAGAACGCACUCCAACGACGUUUACGUCAUGAUCUAAAAUUACAUUGCAUUUUAUCAACCGCUUUAUCGUAGUCACCACCACAAGAUUUUUUUGUUUUCUCUGUAAUCAAUGUACUAGGCUAUGAACACAAAUCGUAAUUGAAUAGGGAAAUUUUUACAGAAAUCUUAUUUAUGUAUUUCAUUUUACGAUUCAGUGGAUCAUGAGUCAUGACUGAACAUAUAGCAUGGAUCUCAGAAUGCAGCUAACAGUUAUUCUUUAUUACAUGCAGAUAUCUCUAGGAACCUUUAAACAAAGCAUGAAUAUUAAAAAAAAUCGAUAGAGGCCUCUUCUAAAGCCUAAAAAAGUGUGCUAUAUCCUCAGUCACACAUACUCACAAAUGGUUGUUAUUGGUUAUUUAAAAUCAAAUGUUGCAUUCAGGUUAUUUUUAGUUUGUUAAGGUAAUUUAUGACAUUGCUGCAAUCGAAUGUAGUUCAAAGAAAGUAUUUGGAGCGAAACGCACAGUUGUAAACUAGCUCUUAUUACGAAUGUCUUCUAAUUUAGUGAUUCCCUGUUGGCCCCUGUGAGCGGCCCGUGCGCCAGUACAAGAACGGAACGGGCCCUCAGUGCCCGAUCCGAAUCAACCGAGGCCGAGGUGCGAUGCAAUAUUUGCAUUCCAGUUUUGUGUUUAAGUUAGCAGCCAAGGGUAGUAGUUGUUAAAUAUUUAUUUAAAUCCACAUUGCCAAAUACUUUGGUUGUUGUGCUAUUUAUUUAACAAAAAAUUCUAAAAUAUCAAUUUAGUACCUUCCAUUAAUAAGUGUCUUCACGUGAUUUUACAAUGUUUAAAUCAUUUCAAUUUUAUGCAUUUUAUUUUGUUUAGUCAAAUCAUAUACAUGAUAUUAUAAUAUGUUGUAUUAUAUCUAUUGUUCAUUCAUAUUUAUAAUAAAUAUUUUUUUGUCAUCGAACUGUAGUCAAAUGACAGUAUUUUUGUAAUGAAAAUUGUAUAGGGAUGAGGGUUUUUGCCUAGUCGCAGUGUCCUAGCAUGGGAACCAUAGCGGCUGCCGCGCAAUAAGCUGGCGCUCCCGCGGCGCAGGCCAUAACAACAGUUGCGUGGCGGCUCGCGUUCCAGUGUAGGCGCGCGUCCAGUGUGUAUUACGUAUAUCUGAUAAGCAUUAUGUAGGUUUAGCGAAAUAGACUAACUCGGAGAUAAACUCCAAGUACCAAAACUUAUUGGUUCAAGUUGUUCUCGUAAUAUGGUGAUAUAGUGCGUCACACGCGACGCAACGCUCAAUAUUUUUAGUAACCCUUAAGAAAAUUAAUACCUCUUUUAAAAAGAAUUAUAAUAUAUAUGAUAUAGUAUAUCCAAUCGAAAAUCACAUAUUAUGUAUUUCCCUGUUUAUUUUGAUGUGAUAUCAUAAAUGACUGAUCUGAAUUUAGUUUUUAAGUUGGUUAUUAAUAUGCAGUGCUAUUUCGAGAGUGUAUAAUUAAGAUUUAAUAUUGAAGUGCCAAUGCUCGUAAUUUAAUCUUUAUGACUGUUCCUUUAUUGUAGCUGUACGUAAGAGCUCGACUCGGUAGAUCCGGAGGCGUGCUCUUGCCCUACUUACUCCUCAUCGACUUCAGUAUAAGCAAUCCUGUUUAACACUUAGUUUUCCAUUGUUACUUUAAUUUAUUCACGUAACGUGCACAAUCUCAGUAAUGCUUGCAAUAUUAUAUGUGUAACAGUUUUAUUCCUCUCUUUAAUUUAAUUCAGCGUAAUGUUAAGAGUACAAUAUGAGAUGAUGUUAUAUCAUUCUAGUAUCAAAAUUAGCCGAAGAUGUUAAUAUUAUUAGUUAGGUAAAAUUUUAACAUAGCUUCGUAUAAUUGGGAUGUUUUAGUAUUUAGUAGUGUAUAAUUACAAUAUAGUGGCAAGCAACUCUGUCUCAUGAGUAAAAUGAAUAAUGUUAGUGGCAAUAAUACUCGAUGUAAGUCCCCUGCCAAGAGACUAAUACAGGGUCGCAAGUGCGGCCGCCUGCGCCAGCCCACCGAAGGCGCCCGCCGCCCGCCGCAUACACAAAAUGUUCUAUAGACAUUAGGCGAUUAUUUGUUGUAAUUAUAAUAAUAGACGUAGGUAUUUUAUCGUACUUAAAUAAUUAUUCUUGCGAUGCCUUAAUUCUGGUUGUCAAUUAGACAUGUCUCUGCCUAGAGUGUUAUCAUUGUUUUUAUUUAUUUUAGUUUUUGCUGUUCCGGCUAUCUCCGUGAACUUCCAGUCCAGGCUGUCCUUUUGAAAUAAUUUUGAGGUCGAUUUAUUUUUACCUAAGUGUUCUUAUUAAAUGUUACCAAAAUGUUUUUAAUAAAAUAUUU